AUGUUCACAAUGCAAAAUUACAUAGAUACAACAACAAAACUUAAAAAAUGGUCAUACAUAAGGUGGGAUAGUAGAUGGUCAUCAAUAGAUGCCAUUAUCAAUAAUUAUCAAGCGAUUCUUAAACCAUUAAAUGAUUUAGUCGACGAUGAGGAAUCAUUGGAUUAUGGAAAAGCAAGACUAUUAAUUUCUUCAAUUAUCGAGCAAAUGAAAAGCUAUCGUGAUGAUAAUUCAUUUGAAUCGUUAUACAGUAAAGUUCUACAGUUUUGUAAAGAAAAUGACAUCGAUAUUAAUCAAAAACCAAGACAACGACGACAAAAAAAGGUUCCCGCAUGUUUCAAUGAUUCCAUUAUUACAUCAACAAUCGGACAUCGAGAUUAUGCUGAUAAUCAAGAACAAUAUCGUACAAGUAUUUAUUAUCUAUUAAUUGAUAGUGUUUUAAUCGAAUUAAAUCCUCGGUUCUCAAGUGAAGCUAUGGAACUUUUAAGCAGUAUAUCAUCUUUAUGUCCAAAACAUGAAAAAUUCUUAGACUUUGAAAUACUCAAACCAUUUGCGCUGCAUUUGGAUAUUAAUCCUAAUGAAUUACAAAAUGAAUUAAAUGUAUUACGAUCAUUCUUGAAGAAUAAAAAUUUAUCUGAUAUCAAGGAAUUAUGUUGCGAAUUAAUUUCAUUCGUACAAGCUUUUCCCAAUGUUGUUCUAAUGAUUCAAGGCGCAAUGACAAUACCUAUUACAUCAGCAUCUUGUGAAAGGUCGUUUUCGAAAAUGAAAGCAAUAAAGACUGCCCUUCGAAAUACUAUGAGCGUUUAA